UGCCUUGUCGAACACCAAUGGGCUCGAAAUACAAGGCACCUGCUGUUCACACCCUUACGUUCGCCAACUUCGCUGUCGUGCCUGACACACGAUGGCUAUUUCUACAGGCUCUCAGGCUCCGUUCCCGCAGUCAUGUGCUCCGAACAAAGAACUUUUGAAGCCUUCUGAUAUCAGCAUACCAACCCCUACACAUCUACAUGAGAACGAUGCACAUUAUAUAGCACAUAUACCUGGAGAUCCCGCAGUUAAUCUUCUACUCAACGAGGUCCGCGACUAUUUGUCCAAUCAACUGGAAACUCCACUCCUGGACGAACUUUACGAUCAUCUUUGGCUAGUUGCCAGGAAAUCCGGCCAAAACAUUGACGCGCUCCAUAGGCAAAGAGUCAAGGGCCGAAGCAUUGUCCCUGCGGAAGACCCUAGACUUCAUCUCGUCUGGGGCGGCGGCAAAAUCUACAUAAAGCCCAUUCCAGUUUUCCUCCUCAACCAUGAUUUUUGGACUAUGUAUCUACAUCCUAGGAUGGGGGAAACUUCUGCGCCGUAUUCCCAAGGACAUUCCCAAGGACAUUCCCAAGCUUCUACUUCAGCCUUCGACCGCUCGGUUGCACUAGGGUUUUUGCGGUCAUAUGCGCUGCUCGUACCGCAUCGCCUCGACUUCAUGUUGGCGAAGGAGUCUUAUCUGAUCCCUGAGGAUGUCGACUGGCUCCUGUGGUCAAGUUUCAUCCGCCACUUUCGCGACCUCGGAGACGAGAGUGUUGCAAAGCGAUACCACUACGGACAGCUACGUCUCUCGCGACUGGACUGGGCCGUCCGAAUAUUUCGUCCCCAGCACACCAGCACGAUCUGGUUCUACGAAAUUCCUCAGUGGUCUCACACCGAUUUCGUGGCGAGAGCGACCCUGCCUUUGCUGUUCGUGUUUGCCAGUGUUUCCCUCGCUCUUUCGUCGAUGCAAGUUGCUCUCUCUGUGCCAGGAGAUGAGCUAUGGCCUCAAGGACUCAGCGAAUCUGGAAAACGAGAUAUGCAACGGGCGUUUUGGAUGUUCUCCGUUGUCGUGGUACUAUUGUGGGUAGUGGCUCGAUUUAUGGGACAGUGAGAGGUCUGGAAGUCGAUGGCUCUGAGUGGCCAUGUAGCUAGCUAUUCGGCGACGGAUUAGGAGGAUUAGCGUUAAGCUAUAGUAAAGGUUGAAAAUCCCCUUCGUUAGUAAUUACUAGAAUACCUACGUAUUUGUAGGUAUUGCUUGUUCGUUUGGUCUUCGGCUAAGAGCAUCUACUCUUCUGUUUUCGCUACCUUUGUAAUAGAUAAUCUUAAAGUUAUAUUCUGUUAAGGACUCUACCCAUUUAUUGUAUCGUGUAUCUAGAUUCUCAGUUAUUGUAAAUACUCUGAUGGGCUGGGGAAACUACAAGCUAAACGGGC